AUGGCGUACGUCGCGCCCAUUCAUAGAGCCACGAGCAUCCGCCACGCGAUCCGCGCAAACGUGCUCGACCCUGAAAUUGACGACCUGAUUGUAGCCAAGGCGAACCGGUUGGAGAUAUGGCGUCUAACGGAAGAGGGCAUGGAAUGCCUGCAGACCAAACUCAUCCACGGCACAAUAUCAAUGCUGCAACGAUUGCGACCCAAAGGAUCCGAGACCGACCUACUGUUUAUUGGCACCGAUCGACUGCAGUACUUCAACCUUGCAUGGAACCCCGAGACGAAGCAACUUGAUACCAUCGAGCGAGUUAUCGAAGAUCUAUCGGAACCGUACAUGCGCCAUUCGCAAAGCCAGAACAAAUGUCUAGUGGAUCCAACAGCACGGUUUCUGGCCAUGCACCUCUGGGAGGGCGUGCUCAACGUCUUUCGGCUCCCGACGCGCAAGGGAUCUACCAACAAACUGGAGGUCCUCGAUCAAGUCAGACUCACGGAGCUUUUCAUGAAAGCCAGCACCUUCAUCCACAGCCGUACCGGCCAUCCGACCAUCGCCUUUUUAUACAAGUCUCAGAUGGAACAAGAGGAAGCUCGGUUAGCCAUUUAUAGGUUAACACAUGACGACAAGGGCGGCGUGGUGUCCAAAUUUGAUCCUCACAAAGAUAGAGAACUCGACGUUGUUAUUCCCGACCCUUAUGCCUCCAUGCUUAUCCCCGUCCCGCUGGACGAGGAGAAGCGCUACCAUGUGCGGAAUACCGAAGGCGCAAAGGCUCAUCUAGGCGGUUUGCUCAUUGUUGGCGAGACCCUCCUCACCUACUACGAUGGUCUUACCCACAGAAGCGUAUCCUCAAGUCUGAAAGACCCAAGGAUCUUCGUGGCUUGGGCCGAGUAUGACGGCACACAUUAUUUCUUGGCCGACGACUACGGACGGCUCGACAUGUUGACGAUCGAGACAAGCGUGGAAGCUACUGGUGUCGUGGUUACUGGUAUGACGCUUGUGCCUAUGAAGCUUGGGGAAUCGCCCGCUCUCACUUCAAGAGCCUCCAACCUGGUCUAUAUGGGCAACAAUACCCUUUUUGUUGCCUCACAUCACGGAGAUUCUCAGCUCUACCAAAUCGAUCCCGAGACUAAUGCAAUGUUGUUGAUCAAGUCAUUGUCUAACAACGCACCAAUCCUUGACUUCUCGAUCAUGGACAUGGGCAACAGAGAGGGUGACGCCCAGGCUGGCAAUGCAUUUUCUUCCGGACAGUCCAGGAUAGUGGCAGGCUGCGGCGCAUACCAAGAUGGAAGCCUUCGAAGUAUCCGAAGUGGUGUCGGGCUUGAAGAAAGGGGUAUCCUUGAUGAACUGGAUGGAACAAGGGGCCUGUUUACUCUUCGCUCCUACAACUCCGACUUGGUGGAUACAUUGGUGGUAUCAUCUAUCACCGAGACGCGGAUCCUGAGUUUCGAUACCGAUGGAGGGAUUGAAGAGAUAUACUCUUUUCAAGGCAUGGAGCAAGACACGGAGACUCUCCUUGCGUCAAACCUCCCAAAUGGCCAGCUGCUCCAGAUUACCCCAAAGUCUGUUGUCUUGUUGGAUCCGGAGAGUGGUGUUGCCGUCAGCAGAUGGGACGUCCCAACUGGGAAAAGCAUUACGAGGGCUUCAGCAAACACCAAGUGGGCUUUGCUGUCAGUUGAUGGAACAUCCCUUGUAUCCUUAAAUCUGUUGCAAAACUUGGCGGUUAAUGUCCAGCAAACUCAGGCAGAGCCUGGGUCACAGCAACCGGAUCAGAUAUCGUGUAUCCACGCGGCUCGAGAUCCGCCUGAUAUCGGCGUAGUUGGCUGGUGGUCCUCGGGUCGCAUAUCCUUGAUCGACAUGGCAACAUUUCAACCACUUCAUGGAGAAUCUAUGAGACAGACCGAUGACAGUGCCACCGUCCCGCGAGACAUUGCACUUGUUCAGCUUCACCCACCAGAGGUAUCCGGGCCUACACUGCUGGUUGCGAUGGAAGAUGGAACUGUGGUCACAUUCAACGUGUCUAUCAAAGGUUUUGCUGUCUCUGGACGCAAAAGCGUCACCCUGGGCAGCAAUCCAGCGCGGCUGCACGUCUUGCCCCAAGACGACGGCACAUCCAACGUCUUUGUUACGACUGAGCACGCGAGUCUGAUUUACAGCUCCGAAGGUCGCAUUAUCUUCUCCGCCACGACAGCCGACGACGCUACAUUCGUUGCCCCCUUUGAUUCUCAUGCCUUCCCAGACUCGAUCGUUUUGUCUACGGAUAGCCAUAUUCGGAUCUGCCAUGUUGACAAAGAGCGUUUAACUCAUGUUAAGGCAUUGCCAGUCCAUGAGACGGUCAGGCGGGUAGCGUACUCUCCAGGCUUGAAGGCCUUUGGCUUGGGUUCGAUUAAAAAGGAACUGGUUCUCAAUGAGGAGGUUGUUACCAGUUCCUUUAGACUUGUCGAUGAGAUUGUCUUCAAGGAGCUAGGGGAACCCUUCUUAUUAAAUGCUUCAAGCACACUGGAAAUCGUCGAGUGCGUGAUCCGUGCCGAACUUCCCGAUGCCGGCGGAAACCUCACGGAACGGUUCAUCGUGGGGACGAGUUUCAUUAACGACGGCCAGGUUCAGGAGGCCAACGGGACUCUUGGUCGAAUCCUCGUUCUCGGCGUUGACGAGCAUCGCCAGGUGUACCAGAUUGUUUCCCACAACCUGAAGGGACCCUGUCGAUGCUUGGGGAUGAUGGAUGACUACAUUGUGGCCGGGCUGUCCAAGACGGUGGUUGUGUACAACUACUCGCAAGACACAAGUAGCUCUGGAUCUCUAGAGAAGCUUGCAUCCUACAGGCCGGCUGCACUUCCCGUGGAUCUGGAUAUAUCGGGCAACAUGAUCGGCGUGGGCGACCUGAUGCAGUCUCUCUCCCUGGUUGAGUUUAUCCCGGCACAAGAUGGCCGCAAGGCCAAGCUGGAAGAACGAGCACGACACUAUGAGCCUAUCUGGACAACCUCUCUCUGCCAUCUAGACGAAGAAAGAUGGCUGGAGGCUGACUCUCAAGGAAAUCUCAUCGUUCUACAGAGGAACGCCGAUGCUCCAACUGAACAAGACCGCAGCAGACUCGAAGUGACGAGUGAGAUUGGCAUUGGUGAGCAGAUCAAUCGCAUCCGGAAGCUCCAUGUUCCAGCGGGAGACAAUACUAUUGUGCACCCGAGAGCGUUUCUUGCAUCCGCUGAGGGUUCGCUCUAUCUUUACGGAGACAUCGCCCCGCAGUAUCAGGACCUUCUCAUGACGUUUCAGUCGAGAAUGGAAGAGUACAUUCAUGCACCAGGCAACAUUGAGUUCAAGUUGUGGCGGUCAUUCCGAAAUGAAAACCGGGAGAGUGAUGGACCCUAUCGCUUCAUAGACGGAGAAAUGGUAGAGAGGUUUUUGGAUAUGGACGAAGGGAAACAGGAGUUGGUGUGCGAGGGGCUUGGACCGAGUGUUGAAGACAUGCGGAACAUGAUUGAGGAGUUGAGGAGGAUGCAUUGA